CAUUGAUGAUUCAACCAAUAUUUUGGAGGAUAGUACUGCAGGAAUGCCAAUUCCUUCUGCGGGAUGCAUGCUGGUAUUUCUUAGUCCAAGUUCUCAGGGAGUAUCAAGUCCAGAGCUUCCGUCGGAACUUUACAAUGUAAUGUCCGAUCCACUAGACGUCCUACAAUCAGCACUCAAUCCAGCUCUUUCUGAGUUUCCAUUGCCAGACACAUCCUGUGAAAUUUCAGAAGAAUCACUUUUAGUGCGGGAAACCGCAUCUCCAUUGCUCAAGUUGGAUAGAAUCGACCGCAUCGUCGAAGGCUGCAUAGCAGAUGACGUUUGCAUAACUGAUUUGAGAGGUAUUCAACUGGUUUGGUUGCAGAGGGUUCUGCUGUUGUUGUUGCAUCUGAGAUAGCAUAUGCUUCAUAACCUGUUGCUGCUGCUGGCUGGGACUGCCGUUUUGGACGAAACAGCAACUUCUCUAAAGUAAGUAGUGCAAAUGCAGUUGUCUUUUCCACUGCCUUCUUUGGAGAUUUCCUUGGCCUUUGAUGGAGACUUGGGAGUACUGGCAGCGUUUCCAUUUCUCUUAGGCAAUAACAUUGGGUUGAUGUUAGGAAGAACACCACCGUGAGCCAUGGUAACACCAGCCAACAAUUUUCUAAGUUCUACAUCAUUCCUUAUAGCCAACAACAAAUGCCUUGGACUGAUUGGAACAUGAAUGAUUGUUUACUAAAUUGUAUUGAAUGGAAU